UUGAGGGUCUUUAUUGUUUCUGUGGAAGAAGAAAGGCGGGAUUUUUCCGUUUUUGUUUUCUAGGGUUUUGUUUCUCUGACAUGGAGGAGGAGCAGGAGCUAAUGAUUAAAAAAGAUUGUGAGGUAGAAGUGUGUUCUGAAGAGGAAGGAUUCGAAGGCGCUUGGUUCAGAGCGGUUUUAGAGGAGAACCUAACAAAAACAGGACGCAAGAAGCUUCGUAUUCGUUACAUGACUUUGCUAAGCGACGACGGUUCGUCUCCUCUAACCGAAACCGUCCCACAGAGAUUCAUUCGACCGGUCCCGCCCGAGGAAGAAUACAACGGCGUCGUUUUGGAGGAAGGAACGGUGGUCGACGCAGAUCAUAAGAAUGGGUGGUGGACUGGUUUUGUUCUAAAGAAGAAAUUAGGGGAUGACAAGUAUUUGGUCUACUUCGAUUCACCACCGGACAUUGUUCAAUUCGAGAGAAAGCAGUUGCGAGCUCAUCUUGUCUGGACCUCUGGGAAAUGGGUUUUACCCGAUAUUAAGGAAUUGGACAAGUCAAUGUUUUGCGCUGGGACAAUGGUGGAAGUCAGUUCCCUCAUAGAUAGAGCGGAAGCUGCGUGGUUCCCCGCAAUGAUGGUUAAAGAGAUUGAAGUGGGUGAUGAGAGGAAAUUCAUUGUCAAGGACUGUAAUAAACACUUGAACCGCAAUGGUGAUGAGGCAAGACCAAACACGACCAUUGAUCCACGCCGUGUUAGACCCACACCUCCUCCUUUCUCUGUUGAAUAUUAUAAUUUGUUGGAACGUGUAGAGGCGUUUCAUGGUUCGGUAUGGCGCCAAGGGGUGGUGAGGGCAGUUCUAGCUGAGAAACGUUACAUGGUUAGUUUAGUUGCCACAAAGGAGGAACAUGUAUUUAAACACUCGGAUCUUAGACCUUUCAAGGUGUGGGAAGAUGGUGUUUGGCGUAACGUACCUUCAGAGCAAAACCCCGUAAAAGAAACUCCUUCCGAGGUUAUCAAAAAGAAGCCAAUGCUCUCUUAUCUGCGUGCUAAGCCAGUGACUCCUCAGAGGGUCACAAAGAAUGCCACUGGAGGAUUGAGAAAGAAGAGGGCUGAUGCUGUUUUGAAUGAUAAAACUUCUCCAGUCAUAACCACACAAGUAACUUCAAUAGGAAAAGAAUCUGUUUCACUUGGACCCUCGUCCCCGGUCAUAACUGCAACGCCUCUGAAAAAAAUAGAGACUGAAACUGAAGGACAGAAAAAGACGCUUGAGCCAAGUAGUGAUCAGAAUGGCUUGGGAAACGAUUCAGAUCGACAGAAGAAUCAUGAAGAGGAGAACAGGGAAGGUAAGAGUAGAAAAAGGAAAAGAGAACAAAAACAAGACUCGGAGCUGAAUGAAACUGAUGAGACUUGCAAUGGUACAAAGGCUGGUAAAAAUAUCUGCAACAAUGGUGAUGUUGAUGACCCGCCUCUCUCUAGUUGGAUAGAGAAUUUAUAUACUGAACAAUCCUCUGAUCGGAGCCCUAAUGUGAUGAUGAAUUCUGCUGGUGAUACUUGUGUUGAGAAAACACCAACAACAGAGACACUAAUGGCAUUGCCUUUUACGAAGAAGUCGCCGUAUUGGAAGAGAUGUGAAUCAACGGAGGGUUACAAAACUGUUCCACAGCGCCCUCACUUCAGCCCAUUACUUGAGGCCAAAGGCGAGAUCCGUGAGUGGUCAGCGGUUGGGAUGAUGGUGACCUUUUACGGGUUACUAGAACAAGUCAAAUAUCUGAAACCCGAUGAUUCCUCUAGCACAUUCAACGGUCUCACUGUUUCUUUUACCGAGCUAGAGAAGUACGGUUUCGACAUUACAGCCCCUCAGUCACGGAUCAGCAAAGUGUUGUCUCUCAAAGAUGAGCGAGCAAAGAAAGCAGAGGAAAGACAACGUUGUGAGAACAAGAUUGGAGAGGAAGAGAAGGAAAGGCUCAUGUUAGAAGAAGAUUUAGCUGAGUUGAAGAGAAAAGUUACGGUUGCGGAAGAGAAGAAAGAUUGGUCUAACAAAAGGAUAGUUGAAAUGAGAUCAAGUGCAGGAAGAAUUGACCAAGAGAUCGAUGCCUUGGAGCUUGAGUUUCAAAAAAUUGUAUCGGCUCCUUGGUAAGAAGUAAAAAGUCAACAAAACUAUGACUUAGCUCUCUAACCUCAAGUGUUUUGGUCAAACAAAAUUUCGAGUAGAUGAAGUGAAUGAAAAA